AAACGGCGGAGAUUUAUCCGUUCAUUCCCUCCCACGAUUCAGAAUUGAACUUGUCUCUGGGCGCCUUUGCUUCCCUCUUCAAUCGAAUAGACUAAAAUGCAACUAUCGACAGAAAUGGCCAUAGCCGCUGUAGAUGAGGCACUGUCAAUGUUGAACGACGAGCUUAACCAAUACUGCCCUUGCGCGGUGGACGACCUGUUGAUCGAACUGACUUGGUUGAAGGGUUUCCUCGCAGACGGCCAACAAACGACGGCGGGGAGGAAGAGGGCCGACAUCUGGUCGCCUAUAAUUCAGCGUUUGGCCCUUUGUGCGGUCAAUCUCCAGCCGGCCGGCGGCUGGAUUCCACCUGGUCUAGAGCCUUUGGCCGUUAAAGGGCUCACCCAGAAACUCUCUAAACUCAGAGAAAAACUCUGUCCGUUUCACUCUAGUCCCGUGGAAGCUGACUUAUCAUCUUUUCUUCCCAAUGUUCCAGAUUCGCCUCCAUCUUCCGCUAAGAGUGUUAAAUUGUCAGCCUGGGGAGGACCUGGAGGAACUGUUUGGGAUUACAAGUUUGAUGGUGCAUUAAAACAGAUUACUAUUGUUAAUGGUGAGGUUGUUGAAUCUUUGAGCUUCAUUACCCUGAAGCCAGACGGUCUGUUAAAGACUUUAAAAGUUGGAGGAUGUGGUCCACGUGGAGCUUAUAAAACCAGUGAGGUAAAUAUCAAUGGAACAUCGGAGAGGUUGAUUGGAAUAAGCGGAACGCACGGGUUUUUCUCUCCUAACGUUGUGAUAAAAUCAAUCGCAUUUCGAACCAACUUGAAUGUAUAUGGACCAUAUGGCUCGAAUGAUGGUGCACCGUUCGAGUAUGUGGUUGAGAAGGGUGGGAAGAUUGUUGGACUACAUGGGCGCUGCGGUUGGCUUGUUGACUCAAUUGGCGUUCAUUAUUGUCCCUAACCUAGUUAGUAAUUUCAUAAUCUCAGUUUUUUUUUGCGUUUGAAUUAACAACCUUUUAUCCUGAUGGUUCUGAAGCUACAAUCUUGGUAUUGUACAUUUGGCAUUUUUUUUGUGUAUUACGACUUCUGUAAGUUUAUUCUUUUUUGAUAUUAUGCAAAUCGUGUCUGGUUGAAGUUUGUAAGUUUAUUCUUUUUUGAUAUUAUGCAAAUCGUGUCUGGUUGAAGUUUGUAGAACACAUCAUACAAGUCACACAGUUCUAACGUACAUAUACUCCGUACAUAGGAUUUUUGCUAAAC